GGAUACUUUUCAACGUUUCCAUCGUGCGACGUUGAAACGACGUCGUAAAAGGACCGUUUUUGGAACAAUUAUUGGCAAAUUUAUUGGGGGUGGUUAGCCGAAGGCAGCCAGCCAUUGUAGAGUAGCGAAAAAUACGAACUUUGUGUUUGUGGCCACCACACGUCUGAACCUGCUCCUUCUCUCUUCUUGGCUGAGAUUUUCCGGCUUCAAUCACUCGCCUAGAUUCACUUUCUUCGGAAAACUCUUGUUAAGUAGCAGGAAUGGACUUUAUAUUAAGAGGAAUGAAUGAUGAGGCAUCUGGUUGCUACUCUAAUGAAAUGGACAUUCAGAGAUGCCCUUUCCUCAGGAAUAUCAAUAAGCCAACCUGCUUUUCCUUCUCCACCUUGACUUUCAACUUCCCGGUUCGAGGAGAAAAAGGGCCAAUUUUUGAGGAUGGUCCUAAUUUUGAUACAGCAUUUAAGCUUUUUCAUGGUAAAGAUGGAGUUGUUCCACUAUCUGAGAGAUCUGGCUUUGAUAAAAUAUCAUUAGAACCGGAGAUGGCUUCUCAUUUCAACCCCUUGGCAGCAAAAGCUGCAACCAUCAGUCUGUCAGCUUUUGGACCAGGAGGGCCAUUCAGCUUCGGUAGCUUCUCUGAGAAAUGGAAGAAACAAAAGUCUGAGGCAUCCAACAAGAAAAAUAAUUCGUCACAGAAAAAAGGAAAUUCAUCCAAGCACGAGGCUCUUGGAAAUGAGUGGUUGGAAACAGGAAACUGUCCAAUUGCCAAGUCUUUUAGAGCUGUGAGCGGAGUCCUCCCACUUGUUGCAACAGCUUUUCAGCUACCACCUGGUAUGAAGCUUAAGUGUCCACCAGCUAUAGUUGCUGCGCGUGCUGCCCUUGCUCGUACGGCAUUUGUAAAAAAUCUGCGUCCUCAGCCACUUCCUUCGAAAAUGCUCGUCAUUGCGGCCUUAGGCAUGGCGGCAAAUGUUCCACUUGGGAUAUGGAGGGAACACACUCAGAAGUUUUCAUUUUCAUGGUUUGUGGCCAUUCAUGCAGCUGUGCCCUUUAUUGCCAUGCUUCGGAAAUCUGUCUUGAUGCCAAAGACAGCCAUGGCAAUGACCAUAGCUGCUUCCGUACUAGGGCAGGUUAUCGGCUCGAGAGCUGAACGUAUGCGACUUAAAGCUAUUGCUGAGAAGGGAAAGGUAACAACAGUUAUACCAACACUGGAGUCUACUCCAAGCUAUGAGUUAACCCAGGUUGAUGCUAUAGUAGGUAGUCGUUGUGGUCUAGAAAGAAUGGUGUUCGAUCCUCUCCGGAAGGGUGGUAGGCAAACGUCUACCCCAGCAAAUGUAUGCUCGUAAGAAAUCUUCUUAUAGAUAUAUCACGAAAUAAAUGAAGUGCCAUUGAUAUUGUUAAUAGGACUCCCUGAUGAAAUGUAGAUUUAAUAGAUAUUCAACCUCUGUCAUGGCUAUCAUAUAAUGUUGUGUAUCAUGCUUUUGAGAAGCUUCUCUUUAGCUAAAUAUAAAUGAAAAAUCCUUUCUAAAGACUGGCUAAAUGUGAAAAAACCAGUCUUGUAAUAUUAUCUCAA